GAAUGUACGCAUAUCGACGCCCGACAACAGAAAGCUACAAAAUGGGCAGAAUCAUCAUUACCGGCGGCUCCGGCAAGGUUGGCCAGUACACAAUCCCUGUCCUCCUGGCUCAAGGCCAUACCAUCCUAAAUCUCGACAUCGCCCCUCUCCCUCCCCAUCUCUCGCAAAAGGUCCACACCCUUCAUGUCGACCUUACAGACAGCGGCCAGGUACACAGCGCCCUAACCUCUCGCUUUCAGCUAACCUCUCCUUUCCACUCCCCUCUAAACCAGAUCCCUGAUGCGGUCAUCCACCUCGCCGGCAUCCCGCGCAACAUGAUCGUGCCCGAUGGGGAGACUUUCCGGGUGAACACGCAAGCGGGCUAUAAUGUCAUUGAAGCAGCGUGCCGUCUGGGCGUGAAGAAAAUCAUCAUUGCGAGUACCGUCUGCGUUUACGGACCACCGUAUGCAGAGGGUGCCAUGGAGUACGCCUCAUUCCCAGUUGAUGAGGAAGCUGAUAAAACCCCGAUGGAUACCUAUGCCAUCUCCAAGCUUUGUGUUGAAGAGACGGCGCGGGGAUUUGCAAGCCGGUUUGCACAGGCGGGGGUCGAUAUAUACGUACUACGGCUGGCAGCCGUGAUUGCGCCGGAUGAAUAUGAGCAGUUCUUUCUGCAGUGGAAGGCGGACCCGGCGGAUGUGAAGGCGGUUGGAUGGAGUUAUACUGACGCGCGGGACUUUGGACAGAUGUGCCAUCUCGCAGUCGUGCGGGAUGGACUGGGGUAUCAGGUCUUCAACGCGACAAAUGACGAGAUUACGGUUGAGACUGAGACGACGGAAGCGUUCUUAAAGAAGAACGCCCCUGGGGUGGUUUUCACCAGAGAGAUGGAGGGAAGAGAGGCGCCGCUGACGAACCGGAAGAUGAAGGAGAUGCUGGGGUUUCGACAGGAGCAUCCAUGGCAGAAAUACUUUGCUUCUGUCUAGUCCUAUUUUGUCUUGGCAAUGGGUAUAUUUGCAAUCACAUUUGACUUGGUAUAUCUUUAUCCUCAAUGCUUGUUUUGUGGUGUCUUAAUGUUAUAUGUCUACAUAUCUGUAAGUGGCUGAGUGUUCUGCUGCUGUUAAGGACAAGAUCUACAUAAAAAUAGGCGAGAUGGGUAGCGGGACAAGCAGGAGAAGGUCCAACUAGGCAGGGUUCACCAUGCAAGCCAAGCCAACCUGUACCCAU